AUGGCGCACGAGAUCGUCGAGAACCCUCUGACCGAGGCUGACUUGGUUAACUCUGAGACCCCCAUGAACGUACAGCCUGACACCGCCAGCCUGAAGCGCAAAGCCGUACAGGAACCUGAUGCGAGCAAGAAGCCGCGAGUUCAAGAAAACCGUGCAGUCUACGUUAGCAACCUUCCGCGCGACACCAAUGAGUACGAGAUCGAAGAAGCGUUCAAGAAAUACGGCAUCAUCGACCAGGGUGCUGACGGCAACAAGCGCAUCAAGAUGUACAAGGACGAUGAGGGUAACUUCAACGGCGACUGCCUGAUCGUAUACUUCAAGAAGGACUCGGUGGAUCUGGCAAUCCAGAUGAUGGACGAUUACUACCUGAACAUCGAAGACCAGUCACACGGUACGAUCCACGUGAAAGAGGCAGAUUAUUCCUACAAAAAGUACACGGAUAGCGACACGAUCGCAUCAAAGCUAACACGCAAGGACAAGAAGGCCUCUGAGCGCAACAGGGCUGAGCUCAAUCGCAAACUCGCAGAAUGGUCAGACAACGAAGAAGAAGUGGCCCAAGCCUUUGUACCCAAGAAAAACAAAUGGGCUAAGGUAUGCAUCCUGCGCUACGCUUUCACGCUAAGUGAACUCGACGAAGACCCGGGUGCAAUCCUCGAUAUCAAGGAAGACAUCCGCGAUGAAGCGGAGAAAUAUGGCGAUGUCACCAAUGUUACGCUGUAUGACAAAGAAGAAGACGGCAUUAUUGCGAUCCGCUUCAAGGAGUUCGACAGCGCCGAGAAAUUCAAGGCCGCCAACAGUGGCAGAAUGUUCGCUUAUCGAAAGCUGGAGAUCACGCUUGCCGAGGACAAGCCCAGGUUCAAGAAGAGCGCGCGUGGCGAGGAGCCAGAUAGCGACGAGGAAGAGCGCAACCUCGACAAAAUCGCGAGGCAGCAGUAG